AUGGAAGCAAAAAUUAGUCAUCAUAUUCAAGGUAUAUCUAUGCUAAGCAGAAAGACUGUUCUUCCAACAUUGAAUAAACAUCUAACAAAUAAAAUAUUUAAUAAACCAAACAAAGAAGCCAUGGAACAGGUAUUAUAUUAUCUGCUUCCAUUAACAGACCCAAAUUGCUUAAAAACUGUACCUUGGCCAAUAACUAAUUUUAAGGAAGCUGCUGAAUUCCGUAAUACAGCAACACUCCUAAUUAAUGGUUUGGAUGGGUUUGUUUAUGAAAAAUCUACGAAUGUUGUUUCAAAAGUUAAUUCAUCAUUAUUAGCAAAUCCUGGUGGCCCCGUUUUUAUUUUUUUUAUGUAUCAAUUUUGUUUAUACAUAAAGUGUUGUGAAUUUAAGAAAAAAGGAAUUGUUUUUUUAAAUGCGCCACUUUAUAUUGAGGACAAGUUUAUUGAAAAAAAAAUAUCAAUGUUUAAUGCAAUAUCAAAUAGUAAUUUUAAUGAAGUAAAUGAAAUAAUUUCUCGAGUUGGUUGUAUUCUUAAAAAUAAUACAGAAAUAACUGUAAAAUAUAAAGAAAUCAUUCAAGAUAGUAAGCAACGUAUUAAAGAUUUUAAAUCUGCAUUACUUAAUAUUGAGCAUUGUGAAGCAACUGCAAAUGAAGUCUCGGAAUUAAAACAAAAAUGUAUUAAUUUGUAUGCUAACUUUCAACAAAAUAAAUUAAUUGCUCUGAAGUGUGCAAGAUUAACUGAUAUUAUAUUACAAACUCAAGAAACUUUGGAUGCCAAUAUAGUUAAUUUAACUUUUGAUAUAAAUCAAGAAGAAUUAAUGGAUAAUUAUGGAAAAGUAGAUCUUGUUAAAUUCCUUACAACCAUAAAAAAUACUUUAAAUAGUUAUAUAAAUUGGUGUGAACAGCUAGAUGAUGAAAGUAAAAUGAAUACUAUGGUUAAAGAAUCACAACAAUCAGUUAUUGAUAUGACAGAACAGAUUCUAUCUUAUGAGAAACAUAUAGAAGUCUUAAAUAAUAUAGUUGAUAAUUUAAAAAUUGAAAACCAAGUAUUAUAUAAAGAAGUAUUUUCUAGUAAAAGUCUUGAAAAUCUUGAUCCAAGAAUACAAUCAGUGUACAAAGUUAUUCCUCCAAUAAUUUUAAAAACAGAUUUGAGUGAUAAACCAAAAUUAAUGACUUCAAAAGAAAGUAAUAAAUCAAGACGAUCAAUUUUACUACAUUCUAGUAGUCAACCAUAUAAGUAUCAAACAAUAAAUGUUGAUGCAAUUAGAGGUGUAUACAAUGAAACAUUAUCAAAUCCAAAUAUACAAGAUGAAAUCGUGGAAGAAAAUAAUGAAUUGGAUGAGACAGAAGUUACAAUAUUACAAUGUUAUGACAAUGAAAGCUUGCAGGAUAAUUCAUGUGCUACUCUUGAAAAUCAACCGGUAUUUACUACUGAUAUUGCAGUAAUGAUUGAAACUGAACAUAAAAAUGGCCGAAAAUCUCAAAUUAAAAAAGAUGAAGUUAAAAGUGUAUCCAUUUCACGAAAAUCGAUUGAGAACAUAAAGCAGAAGUUCAUUAGAAUUAAAAAACAAGCAAUGAGUACAAUUCCUCAUUCACCUCAGUCACCAUUAUAA